AAAGUUGGAGUACACAGUGGCACAUGCAUAUUCCCGCCUUCCUUUGACAACCAAGCGUCGUGAGGAGAUUGCGGCCGAAGCGGGGCAAGGACCCACCAAACCCAUGGGACGAAGUUUCUGGACAUUUCCCACACUUUUCACAAGUGAUUGUCGUCAAAUCCGAUUGAUUUACAGGCUCUGCAUUUUCUGUGGGGGAUAAUAAUUCCUUUGGACCAUCGGGGCGUGCGAGGAACGAAGCGGAUGCGAGCUUAACCUUUUCUUCGCCUUCUUCCGUCAUAAUCCAAGGUUGAUCCGAGGAGUUGCGAUGGCCGAAAAUUCAUGGGACGAGCCAGACCGGCAUCUAUGGAGCCAGCUUCCCGAGGGGGUACUUCUAAGGAUCCUGGCUUUUCUACCACUGGAAAGCUUGAUGCAAUGUAGAAGAGUAUGUAGGAAAUGGCUGGCAAUGUUUAAGUGGCCUGCCUUUUUAAAAAUCCGGCAACCGGAGAAGUCAUGGUUUGUUUUCAGUUAUUUAGGGAGCUUGUUCUUGCCCAACAUGGCUCACAUGCAGGCAUUUUGCUACAACCCAAGUCUCAAUAGAUGGAAUUCAAUGUCAUUCAGUUUUCUACCCGGAAACACAGGUAUUGUGGCCGCAGCAGCCGGAGGGUUAUUGCUUUGUGUAGGUAUAGAUAAAGAGAGCGAGAUCAUUAGCAUGCAGCCUCACUCUACAAGCCGUGUCUCCAUUUCCAAGGUUCCCUGGAACUGGAAGGAUCUGUUUGUUUACAAUCCUAUGAAAGCAGGUUCCUGGGAGAAGCUACCCGAGAGACGUAUUUCUCCAGGAGGUUCAUCCCCUUCACCGAUCACGAUAAUGGGCUUGAUUGACGUUGACACGAGCGUAGGACUUUACAAGGUUGUGGUAGCAACUCACCACGGAACCGAAAUAUACGAUUCACGUGAAUGCACUUGGAGAUUUGUUGACUGUCGUCCUCCUGAUGAGCCCAAGAUAUCUCACGUCAACACUUGGACUAUAUCCUACAAGGGCUGCCUUGUUACCGCUGAAAUCCAGCGGGGUGAACCUUACAGGAUGGCUGAUGGGCAUCUCAGGGUGGUCGGGCAUGCGGGUUAUUUAUGGUUGUUCAACCCAGCAGCAGAACUGUGGAGCUCGGUGCGAUUGCCUGAUGACUUCGUCGAUGAAUACAUUCAUCACCUUCAGAUCGAAGAGUGCGAGGGUCGUCUACUGUUGGUAGGGAUUCUGGGACCUUGGAAAGAUGUCCUUCAGAACGGCAGGGUUCAUGUUUGGGAGCAUAUUGGAGAUGGAGACGUUUUUUCCAGAAAUGGAUUCUGGAAAGAACUCUGUUCCCGUUCAGUCCAGGAACUCAGGGACACUUGCAUCAGAACUGGGAGUCAGGAGUGUGCCAGGUUCAUCGCUGCUGCCACUUCCAGUGAUCUUCUGUGCUUUGCCAUGAAUCGGAAGUCUUUGCGAGUGCCGACUCUGGGCAUAAUUGACUCAGAAUCCGUCGUACUGCUGAUUAUGUUCAUGUAUAGUGUCUCCCAAAACACUUGGUGUUUGGUGGAAGAGAGGCUUGGCAAAUUCGUUUCCUUUUUGGAUGACCGCUCUAAAGAUCGCUACAUCGGGAGUCCAGCAGCAAAGAGUUUACGAUUUCAACCUAGACUGGACGCAGCUGUAACCUACACAUCUAUAUAAGAGUAACGAAGGCGGGAACCUCGUCUCAAUCUCGUGUCAUGACGUCUCCAGUACAAAAAUAAGUCUCAUAAGGACAGUAAACUGCGCGACUUCGAGGUGUUCCAGGCGCACACAUCUAGUAUUAUGAUACAUAUCCAUAACAUCAUGCGAAAAGGUUAUGGAUGUAUGACGAUCCGCACGUUCCCUCAGCAGCAUACGAAAGGAAUAGCAGGCUAAUCGCCAAAGCUGAAUGUGGUACGGGGAAAAGUGGAUAUAGUAAACCCUGACAAAUGACAUAAAUUAGUUUCGUUUGAGCAUGUCUUGCCUACGAGGUCAGGUACACUAGGUUCACCAGUUAGAAACCGUCGCUUUUGUAAUGGGAUGCGCGAAACUAUAUGCUGAUUCAGCGGCAGCAAGUUAACGUAUGUACAAAACACUUGUCUAAGUUCUACGCAGGUUCACAGGUGAGCUUCACAGGCGCGCAUUCUCGUAAAGAAGAUGACAUGAGCUCUGAUGAUUAAGAUUUUACAAAGAUCGGUCGGAGCAAUAUGACGACGUACAGACUCUCUCCAUCGUUCAGCUUGUGCUCACAUACAAGAGACUCUGUACUUUGAUCUCGUUGUUCGUGAAGAGGAAAAAAGAAUAUUACUUGUUACAAUAAAUCUUCUAAGUCAACUCGCUUCACCAGUGUCUGGAACUUCUUCCAGAAUCAAUCAAGUUUCGGUUGUGACACUUGAGUAGAAGUAAGAUAUUGAACGUCGCCGACUUUUAAACAUGCCGGAUUUCUUGGUGGAUUGCUUUGAACCGACACGAUAUGUAUUCAAGCUGCGAGAAGGAUGGAAGUAAAUUUCGAACUGUGCCAAGCCUUGGCAGGCGGUGACUGCACGUACUUGCAUGUACAGUCACAAGUGGUAUCGGUCUUUUCUUUUGAGCUGGAUAUGACCUGUGGUAAGAUUACCCUUCCGUGGUAAGAUUCUGUCUCUUCUGUCGGAAGCUUGGGAAGGAUGGUUAUGAGACUACGGUCCAGCAUGGGAGGGAACUGAAUCGUUAUCCAACUCAGUAGUUUUGCAAGAUACUCUGUUCUUCUGGAUCUGGAUUGAGCGUCUGGAUCCUGCGUUACAUGGCACUCAGGAGUCGUGAAUCUGGGCAAAUACUUGACAGCCUUCUAUCUCAAACACAUACGCGACAGUCUCCCCGUCGGUUGACCACAUGGCCGUCGUGACGAUUUGAAGUGAUGGAUUCCUUCGAAGGAAUCCAAUCACUUCAAAUCUCUUCGUUGAACACUAACAAGGAAAUCGCAUCAGAUGACGCACUCUGUCUCGUAGUGUACGAUAUGAAGAAGAGCAAUAGAUCUUUCACCAAACUGGACUUAAUCUUAAGCUUUGAGAAUUGUGCAUCGAUCAAAAUAGCCACCAGUUGGUGUCCCGUUCUUCGGCGGACUUUCGCUGAAUGUUAUUUCUCAUUUGUGUUGGUAAAACCCAAGCCCGCAACACUUCGCCGUGGCAGAUCGCAACGCAGCAACCAACAUGUCUCCAAGCCAUGUACUUGUCAUGGGUCUGGUCUAAGUCCACUUGAAAGGGCUAACAGGCAUCGUUCAAUCUAGCUUCGAAGGAUAGUCUGCAAUUCCACCCGGAGUUUGGAGUCCGAGCUUUACGGAAGUACAGACAGACAAUUAUCUGAGUCACCUAGAAAUGCGUAGUAUGAACAAUGGUUCUAACGCUUUGCUGCUUGUCCUUGUUUGGUUUUUUCUCACGUAACUGUGGCUGUUCUGCCGUGUCGAUGGCUGAACGAUGCUCGUGUCACGAUCGCUACGACUGAUAAAAUCCUCGUUAGCGGCCUUGGUACCUUGGAUUGUCCCUUGAAGUUGCUCUGCGUCGAGAUACUGGCAAGUAUGGGCUCACCACACAGGCCCAGGCACCGCUUUGUCGCCGGUAAAGCUGGGCACCACUUGAACGUGUAUAGAUGCGCUACGACAUCGGGCGCCAUCGUCGAUACCUUACCAGGGCUGCAAGUCUUCUGCACAGCCCGAUAAGCGCGACGAGUCUCCCGAAUGAGCAGAACCUGAUCAUCAGAUGUAAGAUUGAAGAGCCCCAUCGCAGUUUCUCGUCUGGGGAAGAGCACAAUCCAUCCAGGAUAAAGUGCACAUUCACAAGGAGAAUUCUACAC